AUGAUCUAAAGACACCAUGUUGGAGGCGCUGUUAAUGACCACCCUGUGCCUGACAGCCGUGGCUCUGCCAGCUUCUCCUGAUAUUCCUCAUAUUCCUGCUCCUCCUGCUAUUCCUGAUAUCCCUGAUUCUCCACAUGUUCCUCAUAUUCAUGAUCCUCCUGCUGUUCCUGAGGAUGAAGGAAUUAUCAUCAACCUGAAAAAUGGGGAGCUGUGUUUGUUCAGUGUGCAGUGUAAGAGCUCCUGCUGCCAUCGUUCCUCUGGCAUCGACCUCUUUCGCUGUGCUCCACGUGCUGCAGAACGAGAGACAUGCUCCAAAAAGACCCUGUAUGGUACGUACUACUACUGCCCCUGUGAGAACGGACUUAAGUGCGAAGGUGACUGGUCUAUUGGAGGAUCAAUCACCAACACCAACUUUGGAACCUGCACGGACCCCAACUCUCCCCACUGAGGCUGUCUGGAACAUCCUUAAUGCCCUUAAAGCUCUAAUGAUAAAAUCAUGCUGGUAUGCUAUGCAUAGUACAUUAAAUAUAAUGCAGAAACCAUAGAUCUAUAAGGAAAUGUGAAUGAGCUAAAUGCAAGUCAAAAUGAGUCAGUUCCUCUUUACAGCAGGUGAUGUGUCUCAAUUUUCUUUCUCAGUGCAGUUUUUAAAAUAUUUUAAUAGCGUACUUUAGUGAAAGACCUCAAUUAUCAGCAUAACAUAAAGCAUUGUGACUAUUAUUCAUCAGUGUUGCAUGUGGUCAAACAUGAUCGUAAAAUGAAUGCAACUAACAGACCUCAUCUGCAUGAAUUAGGGAGUGACUUAUGUAAAUGUAAAUGUAAAUGAGGUACUGUCAGGGUGGUGCUUGAUUUCAUGCACUGUAAUCAGUUUUAAUAUUCAACAAUGUCAUUUUUGUCGUAAACUCUAGUUUAGUAAGAAUGUGUGUAAAUUUGAAUGUAAUGUUUUUACAACUUGAAAAUAAGUGCUUGUUUUGCAGUUAACUUCACCAAAACUAUUAUCAGAAUCAUCUAAAAUGCCACCGAUAAGAAUAAAAAUAGAAAAUAACAAUGAUAAUAAUUUGUGCACGGGGCAAACCUGAUUUCACUUGGUGACAACAACUGCUGGAACUAUUCCAGGUAAAAUUUUUUUUGAAAAAUAGUCACACUGCACAAUCACAUCAUACAUUUUAUUUUUUGUCACAUCUUAUUCUUUCCAAUUUAAUUGCGUUUAAAAACGUUUGGACUGUAGGAGGAUAGUGCACUGACUGCUCGAGCUCAAACGCUGCCUACAAGCUCAGCCAUUGGCUUACACUGUUGUUUUAUUGGCUUCAUACGGAGACAUCUGCAUGAAUUAGGGCAUGCUUCAUGUUAAUGAUUGAAGUUAAUUUACUAUAUUUUCUGUGUUCAAAUGUCUUCUUGUUUCCAUGUUGUGUGAAAGUUUAAUGGAUCAGACGCAGUUGUUCAUUUAUCAUUAAAGGCAGUCAAAUCUGUGCUGUAUAUUAAUGAAUAAGGGCCGAUAUAUUUACACUUUUAAUAUAACAGUGACUGUGCCUUUUAUGCACAUUAUUAGUGUCCCAUGGAGUAUAUGGUGAAAAGACCACUGUUCGCUACAUAUACAGUGCCAGGAUAUUAUGUUCCCAAUAAAUCUAUUUUUUUGGAACACAACAAGCAAGAGUGCAUUGUGAAAAUGAAAAGGGUGGCAGACUGACCAUACCUGAUUAGCUCGUAGAUGGAGGGUGUGAGGCACGAGUGGCUCUGGCAGGUCAGAACCUCGGGACAACAGCAGUGAGUGCCAGGAUGCUUUGUCAUAUUCCACCUUGUGUAGCUUCCUGCAAACCUCUCUGCAUCUUAAAUUGGCCCGCAGCCCCAUAAAGAGAAGCAAAAUAUGAUUUAGAGUCAUGGGAUUAUUAAAAGCUGGCAGAGAAUAAUUUACAAUUCUAAUGGCAGAGAUCGCAGAGGGCUCACAAUUGGAUGAAAUGUGUAUUAGAUAAGGGAAAAUACAAAAAUGGAGUUCACAAGACUAGAACUGAAAACUGUUUGACAGAAGAAAACAUUUACUUUCUUAAUUCUUUUGUUUUGCACUGAAGACUGAAGUACCUAAUAAGUAAUUGAAGUCACACGACUGAUUGUAUAUACAAUAAACUUAGAUACAGCACCAGUUUCUCAAACCAGAUUAAGCCAAAGAUUAAUUACUACUUGUUUUUGUGUUGCACCUUCAUGCCGAAGCAAAUUCCUAGUCUGUGAAUCCUGUUCAUUGACAAUGGCAAUAAAACUUCCUCUGAUUCUGAUUCUGAUGCUGAUUCUAAAGAAAAUUAUAAAUUAUAAAUAAUGGUAAAUAAAGUUUAGCCCAAAAUUACGGAAACCAGCACAUAAUGAGUAGAGCAAUAAAACAGCCCAGUCGUUUCUUUAAUAUCCCAAAUUACAACAUACAGAUAUGAAAAGGUUGAACAGGUGAAAUCAGUGUUUAGUCUUAGCCCUUAGAAGUUCGUAUUCCCUCAUUGCAUUUUUUGUAAAUGAGUUUGAAGCACUUUUUUAAGUUUAAAGAAACUCCCCAAACUUCGUGAACACAUUUACCCAUAUGGUUUACAGCAUUUCCAACUAUUCCUAGGCUUGAAGCUUUUCCUCUGCACACUUAAUGGUGUCAUUUUUUUCUGGAUUCAGGUUUUUCCUUUGGUGACAAAUUUAGUUACAUUAUGAGCAACUUAAAUAAAAU